UUGUAGGGCAGGGCAGCGCCUGAUAGAGGAACUCACAUCAUCUGCAACCAACAUGAAGAACGUCUGAGUCUAAACUCAAGCAGAUCAGCAUUACAUCUACUUAUAUACAUACAUCACCAUGACUGAGAGCUGUCACACAGAUUUGACGGCGGAGGAAGAGAUGGAGAUCGAACGGCUGAAGAUGCACAAGCAGAUCCUGCUGGAGGACAUUGAGAAACUGAAGAACCAGAUUGAAAACGUCAUGGCAGAUAUUCAGGAUUUCAAGUCAGCAGAAGACAAUAAGACGCUCGAGAGGGAGAAACGCUUCUGUAGCGGCAAGAAGAAAUUCAACAUGGAUCCUAAAAAGGGAAUCAAGUAUCUGGUGGAUAAUGAGCUUCUGGACUGGAAACCAGAACGAGUGGCCGAGUUUCUGUAUAAAGAGGAAGGACUGAAUAAGACCGCCAUCGGAGACUUCCUGGGAGAGAGGGAGGACAUGCACCUGCAGAUCCUCAAAGCGUUCGUGGAGCUGCACGAGUUUUCGGAUCUGAACCUGGUCCAGGCGUUACGGCAGUUCUUGUGGAGUUUCCGUCUGCCGGGUGAAGCUCAGAAGAUCGAUCGCAUGAUGGAGGCCUUCGCCACGCGCUACUGUAACUGCAACGCCAACGUCUUCCAGUCCACAGACACGUGUUACAUCCUGUCGUUUGCCAUCAUCAUGCUGAACACGAGUCUGCACAAUCCCAACGUGAAGGACAAGACCUCGCUCGAGAGAUUCAUCAGCAUGAACCGCGGCAUUAACAACGGACAAGACCUACCCAACGAGCUUCUGACGAACCUGUACCACAGCAUACACAACGAACCCUUCAAAAUCCCCGAGGAUGAUGGGAACGAUCUGACGCACACCUUCUUCAACCCGGACCGAGAGGGAUGGCUGCUCAAACUGGGCGGCCGUGUGAAGACGUGGAAGAGACGCUGGUUCAUCCUGACCGAUAACUGUCUGUAUUACUUUGAAUACACCACGGACAAAGAGCCGCGAGGAAUCAUUCCUCUGGAGAACCUGUGUGUGAGGGAAGUCAUGUUUCCACGCAAACCGUAUUGUUUGGAGCUGUAUAACCCCAACAGCCGGGGUCAGAAGAUCAAGGCGUGUAAGACGGAGACGGACGGACGCGUGGUGGAAGGGAAGCAUCAGUCGUACACCAUCUGUGCUGCUUCAGCCGAGGAGCGAGACGAGUGGAUCGAGUCCAUCAGGGCCAGCAUUACUAAAGACCCCUUCUAUGACCUGGUGUCCAUCCGCAAGAAGAAAGUCAUCAACAAAGUGCCUGAGAAAUGAGCGGAGCGACUGCAAACAGACGGAGAUCAGGAGAUCAGCUCUGUGUCACACGAGUGUACGUCUGAGAAAUGCAUGAGCAGCUCGGCUCAUCUGAAGAGAAUUGACUGAGAUCAUAUUUGAGACAUUAUCGAGAUUUUUCAGACACUGGUGUGUUUUGUGGCAAUGAAUGUCCUCUGGAAGAGACGCUGGUGAUCGAUUCCCUUCACACAACACAUUCUGGACAAACACUUUCACUUUGACUUCUCUAGCAAAUGUUUUUCUUGUAAAAUAUUCUUGUAAAUAUUAUAGAUCAUACAGUGUGAAAGAGUAUAGGUGAUGAAUUGUAAAAUAGAUUAUUUAAAUAAAGUUAUUAUCUGAGACAC